AUGAAGUUCAUCGCCGCCGUCCUUGCCCUCGUCGCCGCUGUUGUCGCCACCGAGGUCCGCUACGACCCCGUUUACAACAACGCCGGCCAGUCGCUCGCGACCGUUGCAUGCUCAGACGGCUCGAACGGGCUACUCACCAAGGGCUUCACGACGUUCAGCUCGCUACCCUCGUACCCCAACAUCGGUUCUUCUCAGUACAUCGGCGGUUGGAAUGACGCAGACUGCGGCUCGUGCUGGAACAUCACAUACCAGGGCAAGAGCACGUUCUUCACCGCCAUCGAUGUUGCCAAGACGGGCAUCGUCACCUCGCAGACGUCGCUUGACAAGAUCACUGGCGGUCAUGCCGUCGAGUACGGGGUCAUCACCGCGUCCGUGCAGCGCGUCGCCUCGAAGCUCUGUGGCCUCUAA